GCGGUUGGAGCAGGCGGCCACGCUGAAGGCGCUGGCGGUGCUCAGCCUGCUGGCGGGCGCCCUGGCACUGGCCGAGCUGCUGGGAGAGCCGGGGCCAGCUCCCGGCCUCGCCAAGGGGUCGCACCCGGUGCACUGCAUUCUCUUCCUGGCGCUGUUCGUGGUCACCAAUGUUCGAUCCCUGCAGGUGCCCCAGCUGCAGCAGGUCGGUCAGCUGGCGCUGUUCUUCAGCCUCACCUUCGCGCUACUCUGCUGCCCCUUCGCGCUGGGCGGCCCCGCCAGGAGCUCUGCGGGAGGCGCAAUGGGGUCCGCGGUCGCCGAGCAGGGGGUUUGGCAACUCCUUUUGGUCACCUUCGUGUCCUAUGCCUUGCUGCCCGUGCGCAGCCUACUGGCUAUCGGCUUCGGGCUGGUGGUGGCUGCCUCGCACUUACUGGUCACAGCCGCCUUGGUCCCUGCCAAGCGCCCACGUCUCUGGAGGACGCUUGGUGCCAACGCCCUGCUCUUUGUGGGAGUGAACAUGUAUGGCGUCUUUGUUCGGAUCUUGACGGAGCGCUCGCAGCGGAAAGCCUUCCUGCAGGCUCGAAGCUGCAUCGAGGACCGGCUGCGGCUGGAGGAUGAGAACGAGAAGCAGGAGCGGUUGCUCAUGAGCCUCUUGCCCCGGAAUGUCGCCAUGGAGAUGAAGGAAGACUUCCUGAAGCCCCCUGAGAGGAUUUUUCACAAGAUUUACAUCCAGAGGCACGACAAUGUGAGCAUCCUGUUUGCAGACAUCGUGGGUUUCACAGGUCUGGCGUCCCAGUGCACGGCCCAGGAGCUGGUGAAACUGCUCAAUGAGCUCUUCGGCAAGUUCGACGAGUUAGCCACGGAGAACCACUGUCGCCGCAUCAAGAUCCUUGGAGACUGCUAUUACUGUGUGUCGGGCCUCACCCAGCCCAAGACUGAUCACGCCCACUGCUGUGUGGAGAUGGGGCUUGACAUGAUCGAUACCAUCACGUCCGUGGCUGAGGCUACUGAAGUAGACCUGAACAUGCGUGUGGGGCUACACACCGGCAGGGUCCUCUGUGGCGUCCUGGGCCUGCGCAAGUGGCAGUACGAUGUGUGGUCUAAUGAUGUGACCCUGGCCAAUGUCAUGGAGGCUGCUGGCUUACCAGGGAAGGUUCACAUCACAAAGACGACCCUCGCAUGCUUGAAUGGGGACUAUGAAGUAGAGCCAGGUCAUGGCCACGAGAGGAACACCUUUCUGAGAACCCACAACAUUGAGACCUUCUUUAUCGUGCCAUCCCAUCGGAGAAAGAUAUUUCCAGGCUUGAUUCUCUCGGAUAUCAAACCAGCCAAGAGGAUGAAGUUCAAGACUGUCUGCUACCUGCUGGUGCAGCUCAUGCACUGUCGGAAAAUGUUCAAAGCUGAGAUCCCCUUCUCCAAUGUCAUGACCUGUGAGGACGAUGACAAGCGGAGGGCCUUGAGAACGGCCUCGGAGAAGCUCAGAAACCGCUCGUCUUUCUCUGCCAACGUGGUGUACACAACCCCGGGCACGCGUGUCAACAGGUACAUCAGCCGUCUUCUUGAAGCCCGCCAGACAGAGCUGGAGAUGGCCGAUCUAAACUUCUUCACUCUGAAGUACAAACACGUCGAACGAGAGCAAAAAUACCACCAGCUUCAGGAUGAGUACUUCACCAGCGCCGUUGUCCUCGCCCUCAUCCUGGCUGCCUUAUUUGGGCUUGUCUACCUUCUGAUAAUCCCACAGAGCGUGGCUGUCCUGCUGCUGCUGGUGUUUUCUAUCUGCUUCUUGGUGGCCUGUACCCUGUACCUGCACAUCACGCGGGUCCAGUGUUCUCCAGGGUGCCUGACGAUCCACAUCCGCACUGCUUUGUGUGUGUUCAUAGUGGUCUUAAUCUACUCAGUAGCUCAAAGCUGUGUGGUGGGCUGCCUGCCCUGGGCCUGGAGCUCUCAGUCCAACAGCUCCCUUGUGGUCCUUGCAGCCGGUGGCCGGCGCACUGUGCUGCCUGCCCUGCCCUGCGAGUCUGCGCACCACGCCCUGCUCUGCUGCCUGGUGGGCACCCUCCCACUAUGCAUAUUCCUGCGGGUGUCCUCCUUGCCAAAGAUGAUCCUGCUCUCUGGGCUGACCACUUCCUACAUCCUUGUCCUGGAGCUCAGUGGAUACACCAAGGUUGGGGGUGGUGCCCUAUCUGGGCGCAGCUAUGAGCCAAUCAUGGCUAUCCUGCUGUUCUCAUGUACGCUGGCCCUGCAUGCCAGGCAAGUGGACGUCAGACUUCGGCUGGACUACCUCUGGGCAGCGCAGGCAGAAGAGGAGCGAGACGACAUGGAGAGAGUGAAGCUGGACAACAAGAGGAUCCUCUUCAACCUCCUGCCAGCCCACGUCGCACAGCACUUCCUCAUGUCCAAUCCCCGGAACAUGGACCUCUACUACCAGUCCUACUCCCAGGUGGGCGUCAUGUUCGCCUCCAUCCCCAACUUCAAUGACUUCUACAUCGAGCUGGAUGGCAACAACAUGGGGGUGGAGUGUCUGCGGCUCCUCAAUGAGAUCAUUGCUGACUUUGAUGAGCUCAUGGACAAGGACUUCUACAAGGACCUGGAGAAGAUCAAGACCAUUGGAAGUACCUAUAUGGCCGCGGUGGGGCUGGCGCCCACAGCAGGAACCAGGGCUAAGAAGUCCAUCUCUUCCCACCUGAGCACUCUGGCAGACUUUGCCAUCGAUAUGUUUGAUGUCCUGGAUGAAAUCAACUACCAGUCCUACAACGACUUCGUUCUCCGAGUCGGCAUCAACGUCGGCCCUGUGGUGGCUGGAGUGAUCGGUGCUCGCAGGCCCCAGUAUGACAUCUGGGGAAACACAGUCAAUGUGGCCAGUCGGAUGGACAGCACGGGGGUCCAAGGGAGAAUCCAGGUGACCGAGGAAGUCCACCGGUUGCUGAAGAGGUGCUCAUACCAGUUUGUGUGCAGAGGCAAAGUCAGCGUCAAGGGCAAGGGAGAGAUGCUAACGUAUUUUCUAGAAGGCAGGACUGAUGGAAACAGUUCCCAUAGCAGGUCCCUUCAUGUGGAACGAAGGGUAUUUUCUUACGGGAGAGGCGGAGGCCAGGCCAGACGGCCUCCACUGUGUCCUGCAGCUGGACCUCCAAUCAGACCAGGGCUCCCCCCAGCUCCCACUAGCCAAUACCUGCCAUCCACAGCCGCAGGAAAGGAAGCCUAGUGGAGCCCAUGGGCCACUGGAGAUGCAUGCAAGGCAAGAAUGCUCCAGGGUGACACAAGCCACCAUGGCUCUAGCCAGGACCAGCCAGAGGAGCGGUUGCCACGUGGCUGGUCUGGAGAAGAAGCAUUGUCUAGUGUGUGGCCUAAGGCCAAGGAGAGUGGUGCCCAAGGCACCCCUUGGGGCAUACAGAGAUCUGUCUCUUCCUAGUGACCUGGUCAUGCCUGGCUAGUGUUGGCAUUGGUGGUGGGACCUUGGGAAUAUCUUCCACGGUCAUAGCAAAAGCUGCAGGGGUCCAGCUGGCAGAGGAGCCCACCAUGACAAGUCAGCCUGGCUUAUGGGUGGCUCUGGCCCUGGUAGGCCCUGGCUUAUGGGUAACUGCAACCCUGGGUAGCAGCUUCAAGUAUGAGUGCCAGACUGGGAAGUUGGCCCCGCUGGGCAGGGCCAUGACAGUUGAGCUGUUCAUACCAUGGGCACAGCGUAGAGCUGGUCAGAGUCUUGGUCAGGACAGUCCAGGAAGAAUUGAAAAGCCGCCUCUUGCUGCAUGAGGAGUGAGAUUGCCGGCUUUUCCUCAAGAGUAGGCUUUUGCCGACAGCCAGAGGCAGGUCUUCUGGGAUUCUCAGGAGGCCCUGCAGCCCCACUUCCGUCCUCCUGGCCUGAACCCCCCCUGCCUGUUGGUUUCUGACUGCUGCGACAGCGGGCCUUCCUCUUCCUGUGCCAUUACUGGGCAUUCAGAGGAGAGGAGUGUGUGCUGCCUUGCCUUCUCUGUGGUGUCCUGGACACGUGCGUUCAACAAGAAUCAAGCCUUCGUUCAUGCUGAGAGUGAUCGACCCACUACGCCCCCAAGCACGUUCCUUGCUGGAAGACAUCAUUUCUUAGGCAUAACCAGCCCUCCUCUUGGGGGUUUCAGACAUGGCAGUGUGUGCAUUCCUGAGUCCAGGUGUGGGGUCCCUGCUACAGAGUGAAGGGAAAAAGUGUUCCUUUUGACAGACACCUGGGCCUCCCUCCUGUGCCCCCACGUGACUGCAGCCGAGAUGAAACCCAUGAGUGUGGGGGACAAGAUUCUGGAAGAACUGGUAGGAAGCAAUUGGCCACAGAUAGCUGGAUGAAACCUGCCUUCUGGAGAUAUUCAGCCCCAUCCUCAAGAAGGGAGGCAGUUUCAAACAGGGCAGAUGGACAUGCCUCCAUGCCUGCACCUGGCUGUAGAGGCCCAUCUCCUAUGGAUCCCCAAGGGCUUCCCCCUUCCUAGGGUCCAGUCUUUCUUAGAAUAGGGCAGAGCAAAGCCUAUGCUCCCCAUGGCAGGGCAUACAUAUGGUGUCCCUAGCCCCCAACUCUGCUCUGGCUCAGGUGUGUGGCCAUGUUGGGACCUGGGUAGCUUCACAGGUCAGCCAGCGCCUAUCACUGGGAGACUUGAGGCGAGACUCGGGUCACAUGUGGGUAGGAAGCAAGCUUCGAGCCAGGGAGAGCUGGAGGCUGCAUGCAAAGUCUCCAAGUACCCGAGACUGUAGGCCGAGCUGAAGGUGCCCCAUGGUUGGGGCGGGGCAGCUGUGAAGAUUGCACAUUCUAGUGGGCUCAUCUGGAGCUUGUGGCUGGUGGUAAUGAAACCCUCUGGCACCUUCUGCAGAGGAACUCUGAUCUAUACCCACCCUGCUUUGUUGCCUUUCUGAUGCUAUUGGGCAGUAUGGUAUGGCCAUUGUUUGCUGCCUUUCUGUGACCCUGAGCCUGAGCUUGAACCCAGAGCCAGGGCCAGACUGACCUCAGCGAUCCACUGCAGACUGUGGAGAGCAGGUAGCUUCUUCCCCUUCAGGUGGUCAUGUCUGGUCCCUGUGGUUUGGUAUUUUGGUGUAACAGUGUUGGGACAGUGCUGCCUCCAGUGUAGCUGAGGGCAAGAGGGGAGGCUUUUGGUUUUCCCCGAUGGUCCCAGAGACCAUCAGAGAUUGCAGUUAUAGGAAAGCUUCAGGCUGUUGGGGGUCUCUGAGAAGGGGCAGAUUCAUCUGAGCCAGAACCUGGCUGGGGCUUGCAAGUACUCACUCUUUGUGGCUCCUGCCUCCUGCCUGCUCCCAUGUUUCCCUGUCCUUGGGACAAAUGGCUUCUCCUCAUGGGCUUCUCCUUUACUAGGACUUUCUCACCUGUCUGUCUGUCUUAAGCACAUUUGAAGCAGUCAGCUCAGGCAGGAGCGCCUAAAGCCAAGUGAGUACAUUGUGGUCCUGGCUCUACAGGCUGUGAUGCUGUCCCUGGCCUCCUAGGCCAUUGAGGAGGGCAGAGAACCUCUCACACAGCCUGGAGCUCCUCACAGUAACUUCUGGGCCUCAAGAACUACUGCCUCCCUGGGAUGUCCAGGUUAGGGACAGAGGAGUGGUUCUCAAAGAUACCCAUGUGAUAGCCCCAAGCCUUGUGUGUGUGUCCUUUGCCACAGUCAAGGAGCUUCACAGGGGGACUUAGGGUAGGUAGGUGCUAAAGGAUGAGAAAGGACCCUAGACUGCACCAAUGAGGUUCAUGCAGACACAUGGCUGCUCAGAAGUAGACGGAUGGACAGGCUAGGAAAGCUAUGUAGUGUGUUCAGGACUAAGUGCUCAUUGUUGACUUGAAGGUUGAGGACAUGAAACACACUGAAAGGUCCAGCCAGCGAAGAAACCAGGACGUCACUCCCACAACCGCAAGAAGCUGAGAUUGGCAACAACCUGAGUAAGUAGCAGACAGACCAUCAGAGCCAUCAGCGUGGAGCCCAGCCCAGUGACACCUGGAUCUAAUCUACGAGACUCCGGACAGAGCCAGCCUAGGCCUGCAGCACUGCAGCCACUUGAGAGAGUGCAAAGUCGAGAUCACAUGGGUGCAUGGGCAGAGCCACCUAAGGUGUGGUCCGAGCAAGAGAAAGCAACCUGAGAGGAUGACAUUGCCUUCUCCAGGCACAGAACCAUUCUGAAGUAGACCACACAGGAGCCUCAGUUGGGUCUCUUCUUCAGGGGUGACAUCUCCAUCAUCAGCAAUUCCAAACCUGCCUACUUCCUGUGAGGUCAGGAACCACACGUGCAGCCAUAAUGUUCCUUGGGGUUUGGUGAUAAACAACUCUCUCUUUUUAUUUGUGAUAAAAAUGUAUGAUAUUGCCUUAUUUAUUUUUAUCUUGUACAGUAUUCAUGUACAAAAUGUUAGAGCCAUUUGGGUAGGAUUCUCUCCAAAUUAUUUAUUUUAAGAUGCUCUGUAAAUAGUGCACCAGUUACAGGUGCUUCCUGUUCACUUGUACCAAAAAUGAGGAAAAGCCUGGCGCCCACUUCACCCCCUGCUUGUGACGCUGUGGCCCUUGGGAAAUGACCCCUUUGUGUUCCCUUCCCAACCCUAGCAUGCCUCCCGUGCCUGACACUGUAGAGUAGAACACAGCCCCAGAAUGCUUCCAGAUGCUUCCAUGGGCUGUGCCAACCUGGGAUGGUCCACUCCUGGAGUGUCCAUACCUGCAGGUGUAUGUCCCCAUGCACCCAGCAACCCAGUUGUUUCUCAGACUCCAAAGCCACCAGGGCUUCCGGACCCCUCCUGUCAUAGAAGCAAUAACCAUACUCGAUACUGUAGAGGCAAGUCUGGCCCAAGCAGAUUGAUACUUCAGAAACUAUCCAUGCAUACGAGCUUGCUGUAAAGGACUGACAUUCCAGGCUCCACCCCUCCCAGAAGGCCCCGCUCUAGCUUCUUGGUUCCUAGGGACAGGUCUGGUACAUAUACCAGAUAGCUGAGCAGACUCAGCCAGCCACCAGUCCUGGGCCUCAACACUAUUGCUCACUAAGGAAUAAAGGUGAGGGCAGCCAUCCCAUCCUGUGUCUGUGCCUAGCCUUGAGUUGUGAUGCUUUAUGUGACUGCGGGUAGGUAGUAAUGACUUGACUCAGCGCUGUCGGCGUUUCAAGGUGCUCGUGGAAAGCCGUUUAAAGAAAAGCACAUAUUCAAGGUGGCACCUCUCCCCUUUCUCAGCGCAGUCUUGGUGGGAGAAGAGCCCUGGAUUAGAGAGGGGGCUCCUGAGGAUCUAACAGGAAAUGAGCCCUGAUUAGCAUAGAGGAUUCAGGCUGUGGGCUUGGCUGGCAGAUGUGGAUGGCCUUCAGGGUUCACAGUGUAUUUAUGUGAGGACUCUUGAGGCAGCAGAGUUUAACAGCAGCCUGCAGAGACUGUGUAAAUGACUCACUUUAAUGGGCCAGGUGAGAAAGGAACAGUUUGAAUUGUGGAAUCAGGGAAGGUUUCACUCAAUUCUUCCAGCCCCCAGCAAGGUAAAUUCUAGGGCUCUCCCAAGUCCCAGGGAUCUUGUUCAUAGCCUAUACAGAGCUUCAGUCAAUGGUAUGGGGGGGAUUUACAGAGCAAGUGUGUACCCUUCACAGUGAGUGUAAUGGUGGCAGGGAAGGAGGGUUCAUACAAACACUGCUGCAGAAGUGAUGCUGGUCUCUUACAUCCCUAAGUGACUGCAUGCACAUAACCACCGGAAACUGACUUGCUCAUGGUUUUCAAAGACUUCAACUUUUAUAGAGUGUGUUUGGCUUAUUAAAAUUCAUGAGCAAGUCUGG